AUGAGUCCGAGCCGCCGGUCCGAGUCCGUCAUUGAGCCGAUAAUUAUCGACGACUACGACAGCAACAGCUCCAGGACCAUCGACAAUGACCCGGAUGCGCGAUACUUCCUGGAUGUGGAUGAGCAGUCUGGCACAGCCGGACGUCGUGCUGUAGCCUCCGCUCUGUUUUCAAGUUUGGAGUCUGGUGCCGAUGUUGUUGACCUCACCGACGGACCGCAGUGCUUCAACGAGGGCGACUACCUCACGGACGAGUGCUUCCAGAGACUGGUCAGCAGCUGGCAAGAGCCUGCAGCGACGGUAGCUCCAAAAUCGCCCAGCCGGGAGCCGGGGAAACGAGUUAUUUCGGAGGCAUGUAUGGAUGGUAUUCUUUACCGGCCUGGCCAAUCCGUCGAACUUCAUGAUGAAUCUUACUUGCAUAUAAAGACCGUCGUUGAACAUAGCACUGGCUCUGUGUUUCUUCGUGGACGUCGACUCAUACCAACUGCUACCCACCCCGGUACAUACAUCCCCAAAUGGCAGAAUGAGUUGGUGUGGAUGGUGGACGAGGUGGGAGAAGUUCCUUUGGAGAUUGUCAAGCAGUUUGUCACGGUGAUCUUUACCAAUUGGUGCAAGUUUGAAAGAGAGAAGCAAUAUAAAUCAAAGCUGUUCUGUCGCUUGAAGGAGACCAAAAAAGCCAAUGCAACUGCUGUUGAGUAUCUCUCAUUCGAAGAUGCAGACCCCAACCACCGCUUCCAUCCGAGGCUUCUCCGCCAGAAUUGGAGGGGCGAGACGAGGUUGUUCGGGGAAGCAGAUAAUGCUGGAAACUAUGCCAUUGACCUCGACUCGCCGGAGCCGGUCAUUGAUUUGACAGAUAGCAAUUCCCGUCGUUAUACAUUUGGCGAUGGCUUCUGCGGUGCUGGUGGUGUUUCUGCCGGAGCUAGCCAGGCCGGAUUCAACAUCAAAUGGGCCUUCGAUAAAUCCUCUCAUGCUGCGACCACCUAUCGCCUGAACUUCCCGACAGCUAUGUGCGAGGAGAGCGACAUCUUCAGCUUUUUGACCAACGAUGCGGAUUUUGUCCGCGUCGAUGUUAGUCAUGGGUCUCCUCCCUGCCAGACGUUCUCACCCGCGCAUACCAUCGAAUGCGCCAACGACGACGCUAAUUCCGCCUGUAUCUUUUCGUGUGCAGAUCUCAUCAAGAAGGCGAAACCUAGGGUCCACACUAUGGAAGAGACCUGCGGUUUGUUCGAGCGGCAUAAGGAGGUCUUCUUCCGAGUCAUUCAAGAUUUCGUUGAGCUGGGGUAUUCGGUUCGUUAUGGUGUCCUGAACUGCAUGGACUACGGUGUUCCGCAGUCGCGAAGAAGGCUCAUCAUCGUCGCUUCCGGUCCUGGCGAAGCUCUACCACAGUUCCCCAAAGCCACACACGGUCUUCCGGGUUCUGGUUUAAAGGGGUUCGAAACGAUCAAUUCCAUUAUUUCAAAAAUCCCACCUGGUGCCCUAGACCACGACGUCGAGGCUGCGUUAGACCGGGGCCUGCGCAAUGGGAUCAGACUCCCGUUCGAUCCUAAUCAACCUGCGAGAACGGUGACCUGCGGCGGAGGGGAACUAAACUACCACCCUUCUGGUCGACGAGGCUUUACUAACCGGGAAUUUGCAUGCCUGCAAACAUUCCCCAUGAGAUAUUGCUUUGGCCCGCGAGAAAUAAGAAAGCAGAUCGGGAACGCCGUACCUCCUAUCUUGGCCAGGGCCAUCUAUCGGGAGAUCUUGAGAUCACUAGGAAAGACGGAUCAGAAAGAGAAAGAGAUGGCUGUUGGGGAGAUCGUGUUAGAUGACUGA